ACCAAAAAUUUUAAAAUAAGAUUUUAAGAUUUAUUACAAGGUAAAUCAGAAUUAUACUUUAAGCUAUUUCGUCACGUUUAUUACGUAUUUAAUCAUAUGCGCAAGAAUGGAAAAUGUGACGGAGAAAGAAUGACCUUUCCAGAUAGAUCACACGUUAGAACGUGAGGGUGUGGUUACUAACGGUGUGAAAACGUGUAUUUCUUAAAUAUUAUAUAUAUAAUGGAAUUCCUUCUACAAAAAUAUGUACAUUUUGAAAAGAGUAUACUACACAGCUUAGAAGAUAAUGGUAUAAAACAUCGGAUAAAUACUAACACUGGACUAUGGCUUGGCACAUUAGUAGGUCUAAGUGCAAUUUUAACUAUAUUGAAAGAAGAUACUAGUUAUUCUGAAAUAUGCCUUAUUGUUGGUCUCACAGGAAUUGGUCUUGUUGUUUGUUCUAUAUGUUUAUAUUUGAGAUUAUCAACUGAAAAAGUAACAGUUAGAGAUUUUCAAGCGAUAUAUUUUUUACCAGCUAUAAUAACAUCUUUAUUGUACCUUUUUGUGGCAAAUAAAGGAUUACUGGUGAGCGUCAUAUGGGGCUUAGGUGUUGGAAGUUUAGGUACCUGGGGCAUUUUGCAAUUGAUGUCUACAUUUUCUUAUUGCUUCACAAUUGGAGAAGCAACAGCAGUUAUGCAUGGAUGUAUUUUGUUUAUAAUGUCUGUAGUAACCAAUUUACCAUUAAGAUAUCACUUGCCACCAAUUCAUGAUGAUGAUAUUACAACAGUCUUUUUACAGGUUGCAAUACUAUAUGUGAUAUCAAUAUGUUUAAUAUCUAGUUAUUUUUCAAUGUUUCACGUGACCAAAAAUUUUUAUAUAUUUACAAUCACCCUUUUAUUAAUUGUAUUUUUACCAUCAAUGUAUGCUUUAUUGGACCAAAAUCCUUUAAUUUGGAUGUUUUACUUCAUUUGUAAUAAAACAAAUAAGAUCAUUUUAAUUGCAUACUGGGCUGUAUGUUUAUUAUUAGGUGUAAUAGUUGUUAUUUAUCAAGUAUCAUUGAAUCUUCGAGCAACAACUUCAACUAGAAAAAUAUUUCAUUUAUUAGCUGUACUUGUGUAUAUACCUGGUUUAAUAUAUGAACGUACAUUGCUGUAUUUUGCUAGUGGUUUGAUAAUGGGACUAUUUGUAUUUCUUGAGUUGAUGAGGUACUUAAGAAUACCACCUCUUGGAAAAGUACUGCAGCAAGGAUUUUCUGUAUUUGUUGAUGAGAAAGAUAACUUGGUUUCUUUGACACCAUUAUAUUUAUUUUGUGGUUUAUCUUUUCCUCUUUGGAUGCCUACCAACAAUCUUUCAUUAUUACCUUUGCUCAGUGGUAUUCUAACAGUUGGUGUGGGGGAUACUGCUGCUAGUUUCAUUGGUAGUAAAUGGGGCUUCCACAAAUGGCCUAAUUCAGAUAAGUCUAUUGAAGGAACAAUUGCUUGUAUUCUUAGUCAAAUUGGAUUAAUAUGUUUAUUAAUAUUUAUGGGCUAUAUCAAUAAUGGUUGGUUAUUUUUACGAAGCUUGCUAUCAAGUAUUCUGUUGUCUUUUGUUGAAGCACAAACAAAUCAGGUUGACAAUUUAGCAUUGCCUUUGUUGAUGUACAUGUGUCUAAGAGUUUAGAUAUUUAAUUAAUAUAAAUGUUGA